CUCUCUCCCCGCUCCGGAGCGUUCUGCUCUCACCUUAAACCAGAGCCGAGAGGAUGAGCGGAUCCGGGUUUGGUGUUCCUCCGCCGCGGUUCCUACUCCUCCAUGCCUCCUCCGCCUAAAACAAGUCCACUUGUUCGGAUGUUUCCCCUCCGAGCGGCUUCUGGGAGAGAAUGCGUCUUCUCGUUUUUGCGACUUUAUUCGGAGUCUUUCUUGACGCAGGAGAUGCCCUUCAGAUCCAGUGCUACCAGUGCGAGGAGAUGAAGCACAAUGACUGCUCCACACCGGAGUACAUCGUCAACUGCACCGUCAACGUCCAGGACAUGUGUCAGAAGGAGGUGCUGGUCAAACCCGACGGUAUCCAUUAUCGGAAGUCGUGCGCCUCCUCUGGAGCUUGCCUCAUCGCCUCCUCGGGGUACCAGCAGUUCUGCACCGGCAGGUUGAACUCCGUCUGCAUCUCCUGCUGCAACACGCCGCUCUGCAACGGGCCCAGGAGGAAGCGACCCGCCCCGUCUGCAGCCACGUCAAGCCUGCAGGCCAGCUCACCGCUUCUCCUCGUCCUGACCUUCUUCCCGCCGCUGCUGACCCUCCUCCCUGUGACGUAGACGGAGGAUGCCCUCACCGCUCUGCUGUUGACGUGGAGCUCCGACCCGCGAUCACAGCUGUGGAGCAGAUUUGGACACGGCGGCGGCUUUGUACCUCCUCAGCAUCAUGACAAACUGUUGAUGUGAUUGAUUGACCACCGUGACCUCGAAGAAUGACACUGGAAGCCUGGAGAAAAAGACAGUUUGAGAAGCGUUCCUGAAGGGCGCGCCGCUCUGCAGCCGGUGGGGGGGGGGGGGGGGGGGGACAUCUCUACAUUUCUUUGCUCUUUUUUUGUGAAGUGAAGCGUUUCGUCAGGAGCCUGCUCUGAAGUUCUUUUUCGGGUUAUUACACGCUGUAAAAGAUGCCGGUAACAGUCUAGAUGGAAAAUGAUAUUUUUGAGCUUUGAUUUUGUCGGCUUUCAGUGACAGUUCUCCUUCUCGUUGAUGCUGAUGUUUAUGUUGCUCUGGAUGAUGCACAUUUUGUAUUUAACACAACAGUAUUCAGAUCAUCUUCAUAGAUUUUGCAAAAGAAGGCACUUUGAGUGAGACGAGAGUUGAUUUAGAGCCGCUCUGAGGCCUCUUUACUGCAGAUUUCCCCCCAUAUAUUUUUGCAGAUUUUCCACAGCGGCACAGCAUCGUACGAUGAGAGGAUGAUUCUAGGUUACAUAGAGCUGAAUGUAUCCAUUAUAGACAUUAGUAAGACACUUUUUUCCUUCGUUUAGAAAGGAGACACUGAGCUUUAAUUGGAAACAAACGAUAAAAUCAAUUUCUUACACAUAGAGACAGUGCAGUGUGAGAUCAAGCUAUGAGCACAAAUACAUCAGGUUGUGUCUGCCAUAUUCCCCUUUAAGUUCAAGUCCCUUUAUAGCUUUACAUUGAAAAAGAUGUCCAAACUGUAUCACUGCAUGGAGCCUCUGCUGAAGACCAAAUACUAAAUGUUCUAAACCGCACCAAUGAAAGUACAUUUGACUCCCUGGAUGAGUCAUAUAUUGAUUUUGUUGGGUUUAUUCAUCUGGGCGUUAUUUAUUUUCAAAUCGAGCGAACAACAAAGCAGAGAUUCUGAGGCCAAAAAUGUGCUUUAGGUUCCAACCAAUCAGGAGUGCCCGUUUAAGAAAAUGCUUGAAUAUGUAAAUGGCUGUUGUUCACCGGUUCUUCUUUGUUUGGGAAAGUCGUGCGGCCGCUCUGUUUCCAAGAGGGAAACGGACCAUCCGAUCAUCCGAUCAAUGUUCAUGACAGUUCUUCUGACCGGUCUUCUGUGAAGAGUGACGCUGUAUUCUGCUCAUAUGUGGUGUAAAUAAAUGUUCUGGGAAAAAAAAAAAAAAAACAGACUUGUUCAAGUGGCUGGACGGCAUGUUUUCUCCUCCGUUUGUCUCGCGGCAGCUCCUCGUAAAGAGGUAAAAGCGUCCACUGGAACUUAGGGAUGAACUGAUGAGAAGUUGUAGGUCAAAGGUCACGUUUGCUGUGAUUGUUUUUUAGGUCAUAGCAUCUUUUUUUUAAUGCAAUUAGGACACAAUUCACAUGAAAGUCACAUGAAAACUUCUGUUCGGAUAAAAUAAUGAAGUGAAAAUAUUGUUUUGCCUCAAGGGCAAAGAUCAUUUCCACUAUGACUUCUUCAUAUAAACCAGAUUCCUGUCUUAUGAAUAUCUCAGGAACGCCUCGACACAAUGUUUUCAGAUUUCCGCGCCAACAUCGACUGAAACCCAAUGAUGAGCUCACUGAAGUGUGGUGGUGAAAAUUCAAAGGUCAGGGUAACCGUCACAUGCUCAAAAAUGCAAUAUCUCAGCGGUCACCGGGAGAGAAUCCUCUUAAAUGUGGAUCAGAUUUCUGCUGCAUUAUGGGAGCAGUGGAUGAUACGCCGUGUGCUAGAAACGCCCUACAAGUUCUGCAGAAUCUGUAAAUAGAGGCGAACAACCACGAGUCUCCAGCUGUGACAUUUUCUGCUGACUUGCUGAUGAAAAGACUCUCUGGGUUAAUCUAGCAAUUUACUGGCAUGAAUUGAUUGGUAAGUAUCCCAAUUAACACGUCCCACACGAUUUGAAGGACUUAAUUAGGAGCCUUUAAAGUUAACUUUGAGCAUUAGCUCCUUUACAGGAAGUUGGUACGCCAGGAAAAAAAAGUCUCAGAGCGGGUGUUUAAAACACAAGAAACUGAAGAUGACCCGGCAAAAAAACGGAAAGAAUUGUGUCUGCAACAGCCUCCACAUGCAGCCACUAAACCUGUCUUUGUAACAUUAGAAAUCCCCUCAGAUAUCCAUGGAGAACUUUGUGGGGUUUGGAGGAAGGCGCUGACUUUCCUCGACUCUCUGAGAAAUGAAAUCCUCCUCGGCUGGCGGUCCCUGGAAGGAAGCCCCCCGUGUCUUUAACCUUCACGCAGUCAGACCGAGGACGAAGUGGAACCAAUGUUUUAUUAAAUUAGCUCCAUUUCAGGAUGCUGCCGUCACUCAAUUACUCGUCUAUUGAUUUGUUUGUGCAGAGUGCAGCCUCUGUGGUUUUUAAAUGAGGAUGCACAUACGUUCAUUCCUGCAGUCUUUCAGUCGUAAAGCAUCCAAAUACACGAGAACGCCCGAGUCUACCUGUGUGCAAGUUCCAUUAAUAAACUCUGAGACUGAUGAAGGAAACAGAGGAUUAAUGGUUAGUGAGAGUAUGUGAAGAAUACAGAUCAAACAUAAUCCACUCUGAAGUACACCUGGAGUAUAAUGACUGAUUUUGUCUUGUGGUGAACACUCUGCUAAAAGCCAGCUUCAUCAGCAAAGACAAGAUGUGAGAAAAUGUACAAAGAUUCAAACUCUGAUACUCAGAGUGACAUUAUUUCUUGUAAUGCUGAAGAUAUAGAAAGACUGGCGAUCAACGUAAACUUUAAUUGUUGGUUUUAUUCUAAAUAUUCUGAUUUUUUGGUAGGCGAAGGAGAAAAAUGUCAACCGAACCGUGAAGAUAUCAGACGACUUUGAUGUUUUAAACGCUGCUGUUUAGCCGCUUCCUGCAGUGUGAAGCGCCCGUAUGACUGAGCAUCAUUAACCGUGGACACAGAGGAGGAGGAGGAUGAAGGUGUGGGGAUCACAGAGUUGCCGACAUCAGAUCCUGCGGGAUUAAGAAGCAGCAAAAAAACUGCAGAUUAUUAAAAAUAAUAAGGCCCACCUCUGCUUUGCUCUAAUGACUUGCGUGCAAACACUGACUGCAAAUACUCGAGUUGAUGAGAGACCCCGACUCGUCUGCUUUGUU